AAUCCUCAGCAACAAUAAGAUAACCACACUGAGAAAUGGCUCUUUUAAUGGACUUCAGGAAUUGGAGAAGCUAGACCUGAAAAACAAUCUCAUCAGUAGAAUGGACCCAGGAUCUUUUCUUGGACUUUCCCAGUUAAAACGCCUGGACAUCUCCAACAACAGAAUUGGCUGUGUGACUCCGGCUGCGUUUCAGGGUCUGAGCAGUCUAAGCCGCCUCACAAUGUCUGGAAACAUCUUCUCUACUCUCCCUCCAGGGGUGUUUGAUGAACUGCCUGGUUUGAAGUUUGUGGACUUUUCUACGGAGUUCCUGACCUGUGACUGUCACCUUCGGUGGGUGGCUGCUUGGACCAAGAAUGGCUCAGUUCAGAUUUCUGACAGGACGUUUUGCUCGUACCCAAGUGCGCUCAGAGACAGGCCUUUGAGGAACCUGAAGGAAAGCCAGCUGACUUGUGAAAGGACACCAGAACUUCACACCCACCAGCUUAUACCAUCCUUGCGGCAAGUUGUGUUUCAGGGUGACAGAAUACCUAUUCAGUGUACAGCAAGUUACUUGGGCAACGGCAGCCAAAUCAUCUGGUACCAUAAUGGAAAGCAGGUGGAGGAAGAUGAAGAACAAGGCAUUAUCCUGGAGAAGACAAUCGUUCAUGACUGCACCUUUAUCACAAGUGCUUUAAUCUUGUCCAACAUCUUGCUGUCUUCCAAUGGAGAAUGGGAAUGCAGCGUAUCCACUGAAUAUGGGAACAUCAGCAAGAAGGUGGAGCUGGUAGUUCUGGAGACCUCAGCAACCUACUGCCCAUCCGACAGGGUGACCAACAACAGAGGUGACUUCAGGUGGCCUCGCACUCUGGCAGGAAUUACUGCCUACCAGCCCUGCCUGCAGUAUCCUUUUACCACCAUCACUCAUAAUGGCAUUGGACAGAAAGCCUCCCGUCGCUGUGAUCGAUCAGGGCACUGGGAGGAAGGAGAUUACUCUAACUGCCUGUACACCAAUGAUCUCACAAGGAUUCUAUAUACCUUUGUGCUGAUGCCCAUUAAUGCGUCCAAUGUGCUGACCCUGGCCCAGCAAUUGCGAAUGUACACCACAGAUUCAACCAGCUUCUCAGAUAUGAUGGAUGUUAUCUAUGUGGCUAAAAUGAUGGAGAAGUUUGUUGAUUUGGUUAAUCAAGUCAAAGAUCUGGCAGAUGUGAUGCUGGAAAUGGCCAGUAACAUGAUGCAGGUGGAUGACCAUAUCUUGUGGAUGGCCCAGGUGGAAGAUAAAGCCUGCAGCAGCAUUGUCCAGACAGUGGAGAAGAUUGCAAACCUGACAGUCAGCGGUAACUCUCAGGACCUCUCUGUGAGUACAAAGAACAUUGCGUUGGAGGCCUUCCUUAUCAAGCCCAGUAGCUUUGAUGGACUAAGCUGCACAGCCUACCAGAGAAGAGAAGGGGGACGUGGUGGCCACAAGAAAGACAGAGAAAGGAAAGACCAAGACACCAACACACACACUGACCAGAGGCUGAAGCUCCGUUGUGCCACUGGCCAAACCAAUGUCUCCCUGGGAAACUUUCACAUCAAGAACAGCCUGGCCCUGGCCUCAGUCCAGCUUCCUCUAAGCCUCUUUGCAUCAUCCUCAUCUCCAGCCUGCAAGCUGCAGGUCCUGGCCUUCAGGAAUGGGAAGCUGUUUAGGAGUGUAGGGAACUCUUCUCGGCUGGCAGAAGAUGGGAAAAGGAGAAGCAUUUCCACUCCUGUCAUCUUUGUGGGUACAGGUGGUUGUGAAAUGAGUAACCUCACCGAUGCUGUCACUGUUACUCUCCGACACCUGGUGAACGGGUCUGACCCUCUCCCUGCCCACUGGAACUUCAGAGCCUUGGAAGGGUACGGAGGAUGGAGCUCUGAGGGCUGCCAACUCCUGGCAGAGGAGACAAACAUAACCAGCAUGCAGUGUCUACAACUCAGCAACUUUGCCAUCCUGACGGAGUUGAACACUUUCCCACAAUCCACUCAGAAUGGAACAGAGCUUCUCCAUCCCGUCAUCUACACCUGCACAGCCGUACUUUUGAUUUGUCUUUUCACAACCAUCAUCACCUACAUUGUGAACCACAGUUCCAUCCAGAUCUCACGGAAGGGCUGGCAUAUGCUGCUUAAUCUAUGUUUCCACAUUGCCAUGACAUCAGCUGUGUUUGCUGGAGGAAUCACGCUCAGUGGAUACUUGAUUGUGUGCCAAGCUGUCAGUGUCAUCCUUCAUUACUCUUCGCUGUCCACCCUUCUGUGGAUGGUUCUAAAAGCCAGAGUCAUCUACAAGGAGCUGACCCAUAAGCCACAGCCACAGCAGGAAGGGGAGGUUGUCCAGACUCCCAAUAGACCUAUGCUCAGCUUUUACCUGAUUGCUGGAGGAAUUCCACUUAUCAUUUGUGGGAUCACUGCUGCUGUGAACAUCAACAACUACAGGGACAACAGCCCUUACUGCUGCUUGGUAUGGAGGCCGAGUCUUGCUGCAUUUUAUGUUCCAGCGGCUAUUAUCCUUCUGAUCACCUGGAUCUACUUUCUCUGCGUCGGGAUAAAUUUGAAGCGUCAGCCUGUUGAGCAGAAGGAUGUCGGAGAGACCAAUGAUGCUCAGCAGUCACAGAGUGGAAUAAGCCACCUCCUAAGUGAUUCAACCUCCAUCUCCGUCACCAUUAACUCAGCAGCCCCACCAGAUGUGGACACCAUCUAUUCCCUGGAGGUGCAGUUCUGGUCUUUGGUCAUUGUCCAUGUGUUGUAUAUUACCCUCUGGAUUUUCGGAGCCUUUGCUGUUUCACAAGUAUGGUAUCUGAAUAUCAUUUUCAGUUGCCUCUAUGGAAUGACAGCCGUUGCCCUGGGGCUCUUUAUUUUCAUUCACCAUUGCGUACGACGUCAGGAUGUUCAGCGCUCUUGCUGCCCAUUGUACACAGAAACUAUGCCGAUUCAAGCCUAUGUGCAAACCAGUUCUCCUGUAGAUGACACGCCUCCCAUUUUUAUUGGGUGUAACCCCGAUGGGACACACUCUGUUAAAUCAUCAUCAUCACCGAGCAAUAGCAGUAACUCUAAUACAGGACCUUGCAAAAUCACUAACUUGCAGGUGGCUCAAAACCAAGCAGAAAGUUGCCCACCCAAGCCAGCCAGCUGUGAAGAAAGCGAGCCUACUAACAACAAGUCUGUGACUGCCCAGAGCCGCUAUACAAACAACCUGCACAGUCGCAGAAACCAUAAAAGCAGAACUAAGCAAUACCGGGAAGGGAAGCACCACAGGUUAAAGGUGCUCCGUGGACCAGCUUCGGACUUGCCUUCCAGUGAGAGCGGCAGCAUCCACAACAGUCACUCUGAAAGCUAUCAUAGUAAGAAUAGCCCAUUAAACAAUGGCAGGACAGAGGUAGCAGCCAGGGACCCAGAGGGGGCACUCACCCAUUCUGAAGGGAGUGACAGCAGUGGGCACCAGGCCCAGGACUUUGCCAGAGCACAGCGGAAAAGCACCAGCCGAGACAAUCUUAAACAAGCCAACAGCAUGGAAAGGGAGACUAAACGAAGGUCCUAUCCACUUAAUACAGGCAACCAAAAUGGUGUCCUAAAGGGUAGCAAGUAUGACAUCAAUCUGGCCACUACAGAGAGCCCUACAGCCAUGAAAACGGGGCUCUGGAAGAGUGAAACUACUGUGUAGUUUGUGUUUUAAGAACAGAUGGCAUGCGCCAUACUUGUCAUGUACCAGAAUGACCCAGAUGCCAACACAUGCUAGGAAUAAGGGGCUCUCCCCAGCCAUAUUAUGUGAUGAUAGAUUGGUUGGUGGAAAUGGCUGAGACCCACAUCAGUACCAGGAAUAUAAG